UCCAGCCGCACCUCCUCCGACUCUGCAGUGGCGGCGGGGAGGCGAGCCGGAGCGCCAGCGGACCAGGGCCGGAGCCGAGCCGGGGUCGGGGCAGCAGCGGGGACCCUCGGAGGCGGGGCCAGUGGGACCGCGAUGGGCGUGGAGAUCGAGACCAUCUCCCCCGGAGACGGAAGGACAUUCCCCAAGAAGGGCCAGACGUGUGUGGUGCACUACACAGGAAUGCUUCAAAAUGGCAAGAAAUUCGAUUCAUCCAGAGACAGAAACAAGCCUUUCAAGUUCAGGAUUGGCAAACAGGAAGUCAUCAAGGGUUUUGAAGAGGGCGCAGCCCAGAUGAGCUUGGGGCAGAGGGCGAAGCUGACCUGCACUCCCGAUGUGGCAUAUGGAGCCACAGGCCACCCCGGUGUCAUCCCUCCCAAUGCCACCCUCAUCUUUGACGUGGAGCUGCUCAACCUAGAGUGAAGGCAGGAAGGAACUGAAGGUGGCUGGAGAUGGCUGCUGCUCACCCUCCUAGCCUGCUCGGCCACUGGGACGGCUCCUCCUGCUCGGGGCUCUUGAUCAGUGCGCUAACCUCACUGCCCCAUGGCAUUAUCCAUUCUCUCUGCCCAAGUUGCUCUGUCUGUGUUCCGUCACUGUUCACGCUAAUCUUUGCUUGAGGAAACUUUGGUUGCAGAUUGAAAUGUUUCAGGUUGUGCAUUUUGCGUGAUGCAUGUAGUAGCCAUUCCUGAUCACAGAACAGAUUUCUUGUUCGCACAAUCUACACUGCCUUACUUUUACUUAAGCCAGACACACAAGGUGCUCAGACAUGAAAUGUACGUGCUGUACACAGAGGGACUUGAGCCAGUUACCUUUGCUGUCACUUUCUCUCUUGGAAGUUCUGCUGACUUAAACAAUGUCCUCUUUGGAAACGGUAUGUAAAAUAAAGGCUCUGUGCUUGACAAA